AUGGUCGGGAUACCACAGCCAGCCCUCAGGCUGCUUCGCUUCGCUGUUCUAGUAUACCUCGCAGGAUCGGUCGUAUUCACACUGCACUAUGUGUUUGUUCGGUACAGAGAACCGCAAUUGAACCAAGCAGCCAAGCCGCGAUCGCUCGUUGAGCCAGGACAAGCUACGUUCGACGUCGAAAGCAUGGUCUACUCCAAUCAAAUCAUGAACUGGAAGAGUACGGCGACAACUGCGCCGGGAACAUAUCCCGAACACAAGAUUGAGGAAGACACAGUGAUCCACAAGGUCUUUUCCAACACGAUACAGCCAUCCAAGGUUCUCCCCUACUAUUUCAAGGCUGGUCGGGAAUUCGACCCUGAAUCCGUUACCAUUACGACCUUGAUCACCUUCGACAGAUACCCAGUCUUCAGCAAACUGGUUACCAACUAUCAGGGACCAAUCUCGGUCACCAUCCACAUCAAUGAUGAUGAGAACCGGGACGAGAACUUGUCAAAGCUGCACGACAUGUACAACUCCAACCCAAACAUGAAGGAGUUUGUCGAUGUCCAUGUCGUCGUCGACAAGUUUGAUCGACAGUUCAAUAUGUGGCGUAAUGUCGCCAGGUUCUUUGCGCGCUCUAAUUACUUUAUGAUGCUCGAUGUCGACUUCCACAUCUGCACCAACUUGCAACACCACCUCUCACUCGACCCAGAGGCAAAACGACUGAUGAAGUCAGGAGUGGCGGUGCUAUUGCCCGCGUUUGAAUAUGUCGACCAGGAAGACGGCAUUGACUCUGCGACAUUCCCCAAGGACAAGGACUCUGUCUACAAGCUGGUCCAGGAGAAGAAGUUGACCAUCUUUCACGACUUUUUCCUGAAGGGUCAUAAUGCGACUGACUACGAGCGGUGGUACAAGACGGACUCUGUGUACAAGGUGACCGCCUACCAGCACUCGUACGAGCCCUAUGUCAUACUGAAGAAGGAGGGCACUCCUUGGUGCGACGAGCGUUUUGUUGGAUACGGCGCAAACAAAGCUGCAUGCCUGUUUGAGAUCUACAUCUCGGGCAUCGACUACUACGUUCUCCCUCGCGACUUUAUCAUCCAUCAGUCGCACCCUUACAAGGAGGAGACGCGGAAACAGGAGCGGAAGUAUAAUCGCAAGUUAUACCAAAACUUCCAAGAGGAGGUCUGCUUCCGGUACGCAAAGAGCUUUAUUGCUGCCAAUACGUGGGCCCAGCCCAAGGCGGAUAAUCUCAAGCAGCAGUGCAGCAAAAUCAAGGGCUUUAGAAUAGCCAUGGCCACCUUUCAGUAA